UCAAGGAGGCCAAUCCCACUGCUUUAUUCUAAUAAUGCCAAUUCCUGUUGCAAAAUUCUAAUCUAAGGAAUCUCUUUCACGAAUUCCUCUUGUUUUCCAUCUCAUAAAGUAUCAGCUGUUUGUGUGAAUAUAAUUACUAAUCAAUUGAAACUCUGAAAAUGGCAUUUGGCGGUUCAUUUGGUAAUCCUACAACAUCAGCACCAGCUUUUGGAACUACUUCUACAUUUGGGUUUGGUAAUACUAGUGCUCCAGCCACUACAUCAGGAUUUACUUUUGGUGGUUUUGGCACUACUACUACUACACCUUCAACUGGAUUUUCAUUUGGUGCUCCUACAACUACUUCAUCUCCUUUUUCAUUCUCAUCACUUCCUACAACUACUACCUCAUCAUUUGGUUUUGGUGGAUUUGGCACUUCCCUAGCAACUACAACAUCUGGAUUUUCUUUUGGUCAAACAACAAGUGCAUUUGGUGGUGGAGGACUAUUUUCAACAGGCAUGGGAAUGCAGCAACCUACUGCUAGUAUGACAGGUGGAAUGCAGCCACAGAAUCCAGCUGUUGAUAAUGCUGUAACUAGUUUAGUAACAUCUCUGACAUUCCCAAUGCUUUAUGGAGAUGAGAGAGAUGCUAUAAUUGCCAAGUGGAAUCAACUUCAGGCUUCCUGGGGAAUAGGAAAAGGAUAUUAUCAUCCUAAUGCUCCUCCAGUAGAAUUGACACCAGAAAAUCCUUUCUGUUGCUUCAAGGCUGUGGGUUACAGUUGUUUACCAUCUGCUAAAUCUGAAGAUUGCCUUGUAGGAAUUGUAUUUAACAAAAAAGAUCAAGAAAUAAUCUCUCAACAACAGCAACUUAUUGAUACAUUGCAUAAAUGUUUUGGAAGUAAACCCACCAUUUCCGUUACUAUUGAUGGUAUAAAGGCAUUGACUGAAGACCGAACAGAAGUUGUAUUUUAUUUACUGGAGAGGUUGCAGACUGGCUUAACUAGAAGAAUACCUCCUGCAGAGAUCUGUGGCUAUUUAGAGCAACCUACAGUUAAACCUCAAAUUGCUAAUUUAGGUAUUGUAAAUGUUGUUCCUAAGAUAGCACCAAGCAAAGAACAACUUCAGAGUUAUCUUGAUAAUCCUCCUGCUGGACUGGAGCCCAUAGUAUGGAAACAAGCUAAACUGGAUAACCCAGAUCCCGAGAAAUUAAUUCCAGUUCCUUUGAUUGGUUUCCAGGAGUUAUCACGCCGAACAAAAUGUCAAGAAUAUGAAACCAAGCAACAUCAAAAACGAUUAGAAAUUAUUUCAGAUGAUAUUGCUGAAUUAAAUCGAAAUCAUACAACAACUGUUGCAAAAAUUGCAGAGCAUAAACGAAAACUUUUAGAAUUACAACAUAGAGUUUUGAAAGUGUUGGUGCAUCAAGAAAUAACUAGGAAAAUGGGUUAUGCUAUUCAAGCAGAUGAAGAACAACUGCGCAUUAAAUUUGAAGCUAUUCAAGCAGAGUUAAGUGCCCCCACACAAUUUAAGGGGCAUCUAAAAGAAUUAACUUCUCAAAUAAGAAUGCAAAAUUAUCAAACAUCUGUAUUUGAAGGUGAGCGGUAUAGCAUGGAUGAAAUAGCUAAAGAGGAAAUUAGGGAGCAACUUCUUGCACAACAAGAAGGAAUUUCUCUUUUGAUAAAUAUUAUCAAAGAAGACAUGGCAGAUUUGAAAACAAUUGAAGAAAUAAUAAAUGAUGAAACAAUCCGAAGAAGAUAGAAACCUUAAAGAUUUAUCUGUAUUUAAAUUUUUUAGCAUUGAAUAUUUCUAAUAAAUUUAUUUUAGUACUUUAA